AUGUCACAAAACGAAGUCUUGGUUUCUACAACUGUAGAAAGUCCCAAAAUCCGUCAUAUCACACCGCCAUUGGAAGAACUUCAGUCUCUACCAUCGGCAUUCUAUAACUGUAAUAUUUGUGGUCUUCAAGUUAAAACACAGUCCAAUCUCCGAGCUCAUUAUAUUAAAACUCACGGUCUUGUUAAUGAUGCCAAAGAUGUCGCUUUUCUUUUGCGCAAGAAAACGGAUAUAUCCGAUGUUUUUCAUUGCCCAGUGUCUAAUUGCAAAUAUACCAAAUCUUCUGGGACGGGUUUCUCAAAAUUUUGGCAUCUGAAACAGCAUUAUCAAUUGGUGCAUAUGAAGAAAACUUUUCAGUGCGCAACAUGCUCUCAGCGAUUCUCAACACCCAGUGCUCAAGCUUACCAUUCUAAAACAUGUGGAACCAAUUUUGAGUGCCCAAUCUGUGGUCGCAAAUAUAAAGCCAAGAAGUUUCUCAACCAACAUUCUCGUCGCUCGGGUCAUGAUGUUAGAUCAAGACCAGAGUUGAGAAGCUCACCACAACACCACACUUCCCUCGGUGUCGAAAUUGGAUCCUCUCAAGUUUCUAUACCAUCUACCUCAUCUUCCUCUUCGGACAUUCCAAGCACUUCUUCCAACCCUUCUACUAGAGUCGCUAUUCUCCCCCUUCUAAUUCUCCCCCUAGGUGUUUCACCUGGUACUGGACUUAACCAAAAUAACUCCGUCUCAUACUCAAAUGCAACAGCCUCUUUAAUUGGCGAAGUCAUCUCCCAACUGGGCUCCAACCUUACUGUCCUGCCUCCGCUGGUGUCAGCCGGUUCUGGGGGUUAUGCCAAUACGCCUAUGUCCACUCAACCCUCAACCCAGUUAAGUAAUCUACAGUAUGCGCCAGACACUACUCAGUCCUCUGAGUAUGGCCAACCAGAAAGUGUGAAUGUCGGAACGGAGGGAGGGGAGAGAUUUUUCCCCCUUGUGGAUGUCGGUACUGCAACAAUGCGUCUCUCCCAUGCUCACACUCAGACAGAGCUCAAUGUCCCGCCAGAUUAUAUCCCAUCACCUUUUUCUGUACCGGCAGCUCAACAGACGAACUUUUGCUAUUACGGCGACGAACAGCAUCAGGUGCAAAUGACUAGGGAUUCCUUUACGGUGACAUCACCACCUCACGUAUCUGUGGGAAAUUCACCUCAACCUUCCACUUUCCUUCCGGAUAUGUCUCAUACGAGUACCUACAUGUCUCCCGGUAAUUCCAUUGAAUUGCAGUACCCCGAGGUGAACUCGAAUGGCACAAUGACCAACUACCAUGGUGCGCAUCCUCAUCAUCUUCAACAGCAUGCCUUUCAGCAGACCGCCACUAUGCCGACAACAACAACAAGUGUCGCCUCAAAUGGCGUCAAUUCUGCACUCUAUCUUCAUUCUGGAAGUACCACUUUACCCAGUUGCUAUGGUGAAUAUAACAGUGGUAAGCGCCUAGACUUCCUUUGA